AUGAAGCAUAUCAAGUGCUCAGGCACGCCAUACGAGAUCGGUCGUCAACAUGGCGAGGCAGCCAAAACCGAGGUACACGGGAGCAUGGCCUUCUAUUCCGCUUAUUUCAAGGAGAGAGCGAAGCUCUCGUGGCCACAAGUGCAGGAUGUAGCCCGAAAGUCGCUUCCCUGGUUGCAAAGUUCGUAUCCCGAGUAUGUCGAGGAGAUGCAAGGCGUUGCCGAUGGCGCUGGGCUCGAUCUCGAAUCAAUUGUGGCGCUGAAUGUCCGCACCGAGAUUGCCUUUGGCAUGGUGAGCGACGGCUGCACUGCCCUGGCCUGGAAGACGUCAGAUGCGAGUUUUCUGGCCCAGAACUGGGAUUGGAACUUUGACCAAACCCCCAACAUCAUCUGUCUUGCGAUUGAGCAACCCGGCAAGCCCCGAAUCCAUAUGAUGAGCGAAGGAGGAAUCAUUGGCAAGAUUGGCAUGAACUCCGCGGGCGUCGGCGUCACGCUGAACGCCAUUCAAGCGCCAGGCGUAUCUUUUGACAAGCUUCCUUGCCAUCUUGCACUGAGGACGGCACUCAAUAGCACGUCUAAAGAGGCAGCAGCAGCCGCCCUUCGUAAAGCCGGAGUGGCUUCGGCAUGUCACAUCACCAUCGCUGAUGCGGCGACUGGAGGUGUUGGAUUUGAAUGCACAGCACUCGACAUUGUGGAAAUGCCCCUGGACACGGAUGGCGCAUUGCGUGGAUCCUGUACUCACUCGAAUCACCUGGUCAUGAAACACAAGGUAGAGGGGGACAUCCUUGUCAAGGACUCCCCCUUCAGGCUAGACCGCAUUCAACAGCUGAUGAGGGACAUUGGCAAACCGACCAUGCAAAACUUGAAGGAGAUCUUGAAGGAUGAGAGCAACUAUCCUGCCGCUAUCAACCGAGCUGUAGGGGAGAAGAGCACCAGCCAAACUUUAUUUUCCAUCGUCAUGGACUUGAAGCAAGGCUUUGCCGACGUCAAAAUGGGACGACCAACCGAGGAUGGGGAAGUGUUCCAGUUGAGGCCGUGA